UCACAUGACAGUAAAUUAUGCAUAUUAUAUAUCAAUCGCUAAUUAAUUACUAAAACCUAUAGGUAUAUCACAAUUAAAUUGAACUCUAAAGUUAUAUUUUUAUAUAUUUAUUACAAAUAAAUGCGCAUUAUUAUCAAAUUUGGAGCACAUCCAGGCAUCGGUCAUGCAUCAUUUAAUGGUAUAAUUAACAUCGGGAAAUUAAGAAAUAUGUAUGCAUUACAGUAUUGAGUUUGUUUUAGAAUUAAAUAGUUAAAAUGGAAGUGUUUGUGGUCAGUCCUGACGUCAAGGAACAGAAGUACUGUACAACAUGGAGCCUGCAAUCGGCCGGAGGGAGCGGGGUUUCUCAGUGGGAAACCCGUGAGAUCAUCACGGAGACCCGGGAGACGACUUACAACUGCGUGCCAGAUAUGGAUUUCUGUCUUUUCCAUAUGGGACACUUUGUUUUCUUUUCUAUUUUUACGAAAAGCCGGAAAGUGCAUUUGAACAAAAGCAUCAAGGAUUUAAAGUAUGCAGAAACCUGAUCCACUUCAAGAAGCUUUUCAAGAAUCUGCACAGUUGUUGCAUUACUCUGAAGGCAAAUGCGAAGCUCUUAAUAGUGUGAUGUGAAUGCAUUUCUUUUAUUAUCUUUCAUAAACCUGAAUGAACUUACGCGUAAAUAGUUCUAUGUGUGAUAAAACAAAAAUACGCUGGACAAUAGGAAGGUUUCAUGUUGACUUUGUGGCUAUCAAGUUUCCUCAAAUCCGUACAGAAUUUUAAAUGCGGAGAUGCAGUUUGCUGGUGGAAUGAAGUUUUAAUCUUGGAGACACAAAAACAUUGCUCGAUGCUGGGAAUUUUUCUUUCACGCACAUGGUACCACGUUUGUGUUUUAUGGACAGAAAAUGAUCUGCAGAGCCUGUCACUGUACUUAUAUUGAACUUAAUCAGUAUAAAAUGAUUCAUGCACCAAGUAAAGGUUAAUGUCAAGAGAGUUUGUCCCGCAGCGGAAUACUAGUAAACAUCAGUCUAAAGUCUAAAUUCAGAGGAGAUUCAAGGAAAAUACCUGCAUUUUUCAGUCUUGGUGACAAUUGCAACGAAAUGGCAUGGGCCGUCUGUUCUACUCAGUUUGUAACCUCGCGAAUUUGAUUAUAUUUUAACGUUUUCUUUGCUUUAUAUGUGCCGUUAUAUAUUUUACAUCGUAUUGUAUAAUUUAGACAUGAAGGUUGUUGUAUUAGGUAUCUACGUCGUUGCAUUACUCCUUCUUGAAAGCGGCAGUUCCGCAUCUAUAUCCGAAUGCAAAACGUAUGGCGAACGUCGAAGAAACGUAGGGAGAACGUUGUGGUCUGGCCCCACGCGGGAGCGGAGAGUGGUGUGCAGCGGCAUGGAGCUGCGGCGCGUGCUUCCUCCCAGUGACUUCCCCAACACCACGGUGACACUGAUUUUAAGCAACAAUAAAAUUGAAGAACUCAGAAAUGGCUCCUUCCCGGGUCUCUCAUCCUUGGAAAGACUGGAUAUUCGGAAUAACCUCAUCAGUCACAUCCAGCCGGGGGCGUUCGCUGGACUCCUGGCGCUGAAGAGGCUAGACUUGUCGAACAAUAGACUCGGCUGCCUACAUGCGGACGUGUUUGCCGAUCUCCCAGGUCUUGUUAGAUUAAAUCUCUCGGGGAAUCUGUUUGCGUCUUUCUCCCCAGGAGCCUUUGACAGACUCGCGUCUUUGAAGUCGGUGGAGCUUCAGACGCCCUACCUCCUGUGUGACUGCAGCCUGCUGUGGUUGCUGCGCUGGGCCAGGGACAGGGCUAUCACCAUAAGGGACACCCGCUGCUCAUACCCGCGUCUCUUACGGGGCCGACCCCUGCCUUCCCUCCAGGCGGAUCGCCUUACCUGUGACGCCCCUCUGGAGCUGCCUUCCUUCCAGAUGAUUCCAUCCCAGCGGCAGAUCGUGUUCCAGGGCGACAGCCUUCCGUUCAGGUGCCUGGCUUCCUAUGUUGACCAGGACAUGAGCGUCCUCUGGUUCCAGGACGGGAAGGCGGUGGAGGCCAAUUCCACCGAGGGCAUCUCCAUCGAGAGGACAUUAGGUUGCUCCUACAUCUCCAGCGUGCUCACCAUCUCCGACGUCCAGCCGGACUCCACGGGCAGCUGGGAAUGCCUGGUGAGCACUCGGCGUGGGAACAGCACACGAGCCGUCCACGUGCUGGUGCUGGAGAGGUCUGCUGAGCACUGCCCACCUGAUACAGUGACCAACAACAAGGGCAAGUUCAGGUGGCCGUGGACUCUGGCUGGGAUAACAGCCUAUCUGCCCUGCAGCCGGGUGAGCUCAGGAACCGGCCUCCACGGCAGCGUCCCCGGAGAGGAGCACCGGGCCUGGCGGAGGUGCGAGCGGGACGGCAUCUGGGCCCAGGGCGACUACUCAAACUGCCAGUACCUGAAGGACGUCACCCGUGUGCUCUUCAUCAUCAACCAGAUGCCCCUGAACCUCACCAACGCAGGGACCAUCGCCAGGCAGCUGCUGUUCUACGCCGAGGAGGCUGCCAGCUUCUUCGACAAGAUGGACAUCAUCUUUGUGGCUGAAAUGAUCGAGAAAUUUGGCAAGUUCGCUGGGACGUAUAAGGAGCUAGGGGACGUGAUGGUGGACAUCGCCAGUAACCUGAUGCUGGCGGACAGGGAGCUGCUGCGGCUGGCCCAGCAGGAGGGGCGGGCCUGCUCCCGCAUUGUGCAGUGCCUGCAGAAGAUCCAGGGCCACCAGGCCUCCCGUAACAUCGCCCUGGAGGCCCACAUUCUCCGAGCCAGCAGCUUCGAUGGCAUGACCUGCAUGCUGUUCCAGAAGGUGGCUCCAGAUCGGGGAGCCCCCCGUGAGCUUGGUGGCCGCGAGGCGGACGGGAGCCUGGACAAACAGCUGAGCUUCAAGUGCGACGUGACCAGCACCCAUUCCAGUGCAGCCCUCAAGAACAACAUGGUGGAGGCGUCUAUCCAGCUGCCGGCCUCGCUGCUCUCCCAGCUGCCAGGUUCCGGCCCAGAUGACGACGUCCACAGGCUGCAGCUGCUGGCCUUCAGAAAUGGGUGGCUUUUUCCAUCCAUGGGAAACUCGGGCAACAGGACGAUCGUGGCCACACCAGUCAUCCUCAUCCAGAUAGAUCAGCAUCCUGAGACGGCCCUGCUCAGCCCCGUGAACGUCACGCUCCGCCGACCAAGCCACGGCUCCGACGCCACCGCUGCCCGCUGGAACGCGAGCCUGAUGGACGGCCAGGGGGACUGGGAGCCCAGCGGCUGCCGUCUCCUCCACGCGGACGCCAACCUCAGCACCAUCUCCUGCGAGCGGCUUGGCGGAUACGCUGUGCUGAUGGAUCUGAGUGGAGGGGAAGGCUUUGCUUCGGACGCUGCCUCGCUGCACCCUGUGGUCUACGCCACGGCAAGCGUCCUGCUACUCUGUCUUCUGCUCAUCCUCGCCACUUACGCUUUACAUCACAAGUCUGUUCAAGUCAGCCGCAAGAGCUGGCACAUGCUGGUCAACACGUGUCUCCACAUGUUCCUGACGUGUGCCGUGUUUGUGGGCGGCGUUACUCAGACGCUCCAACCAAGCGUCUGUCAGAAGGUUGGCAUUGUCUUGCACUUCUCCUCCCUGGCCACAGUUCUCUGGCUGGGAAUCACUGCACGCAACAUUUACAAGCAGCUGACCCGCAAGGCCAAGAGCUCAGAGGAGUUGAAGGAGCCCCCCGCCCCAGCCAAGCCCAUGUUGAGGUUCUACCUGAUUGGCUGGGGCGUACCGAUCGCCAUCUGUGGUAUUACUGCGUCAGCUGACAUGAAGAACUACGGCCAGCAGGGCGGCGCAGCUUACUGUUGGAUGGCGAGGGAACCCAGCAUAGCUGCUUUCUACGGUCCGGCCUCUGUCGCCGCCCUGGUGGCCUGCCUGUACUUCCUCGGCACCCUGGUGCAAAUGAAACGCCAUCCAGGCCGACGCUAUGAGCUGAAGGAGCCGGCUGAGGAGCGACAGCACAUGACGGGAGAUGCCGCCCAAGACGUCCCACCCGCGGCUUUGGAGAACGAGCAUUCGUUCAGGGCCCAGCUGCUCGGCACCUCGCUGACCCUGCUGCUGUCCGCGCUGCUCUGGGCAGCUGCCGCGAUGGCCGUGUCCCAGGACAAUCCGCUAGACCUGUGCUUCUCUUGCCUAUUUGGGGUUCUGGCUCUGGCCACAGGGACCUUACUGCUUGUGCACCAUUGUGGAUACAGGGAGGACGUGAGGCGCCUUUGGGCUUCGGCCUGCUGUAGCAGGAGGCGAGACAACUCAGGCCAGGUCAUGUUCAGCGCGGCUAAUGGAUGUCCGACCCUGGUGCCAGACGGCAACACGGGGUCCUUCUCAACCAAUGGGAGCCCGUCCAGUACAAGUAACUCCUCCCAGGAGUGCAAACUGACCAAUCUGCAGGUGGAGGCGGUUCAGCGUAAGCCCCUCCCCCUCCCCAGUAAUGGAACCGCCGCCCUUCUGGACUGCAGCUUGACGGAGCACUCUCUGGACAACGAGAUCCAAAUGCAUGUAGCUCCGAUCGAGUCAUCAUCCCGGGUCGACUGGCGCUCGGGGAGGUUGCAGAAGAGUCGGACGCGGGCCCAGCGACUUGGCCGGCUGGAGGCACUGCGGGGGUACGCUUAUGACGUACCCACCAGCGUAGACGGCAGUGAACAGAGGGGGCCAUGCGGGAGCCGACAGGCUAAUGGGGGCCGCUUUCAGAGUCGGAGCCAGGGACAUCUGGACAGCAGUGACACCAGCACCCCGCUGCCCCGCCGAUGCCGCAGCAUGGACAGGCAGUGGAGCAGCUUAGGGGCUAGCAUUGGGGCUAGCGUGCCUAGUGUGGGGACUAGCUUAGCAUCUAGCAUUGGGGCUAGCGUGCCUAGCGUGGGGACUAGCUUAGCAUCUAGCAUUGGGGCUAGCGUGCCUAGCGUGGGAACUAGUUUAGUGUCUAGCAUUGGAGAGAGUGGACCUAGUGUAGCGGUUAGCAUGCCAGCUAGAGAGGCUAGCAGCCCGAGCAGAGCUAGUAGCUGUCCUGGGGAAGGAGAGGCAGCUGGAGGCUUUGAGUCAAACACAAACAUGGAUGACAUAAAACAGAGCAUGGAGGAGGGUGGGCAGUCUGGGUCACAUGGGCCCAACCUGGCCAAUCAGAAUGGAUCAGUUAUGGACAACGGGAGGGAUGGGCUCUUAAUUAUGGCAGAUAACCCUACCAAUAUGAAAAUCGUCUCAUGGAAACAUGAAACCACUGUGUAGCAAUUGUUCUUUCCUAAAAUCGUGCCUCAUUCUCUGCAGUGUGAGGUUUCCAUUAAUUCAAAUAGAACAUCCUGUGUCUGACAGAUGUUAGCAAAAACGCGAAUUGACUUUGAUUAAAUUUAAAUGCAGAAGAACACCAUGUUCAUUAUGAGGUAAAGGUGUCAUAUUACAGGCCUGCCUUUCUAUUAUGUGAUUGCUCUCGUACUUUUCUAUACAGAAUUAUUGCAUGGCUCAUAUCUGUAUGAAGGUAUAUCAUGUCAAAUCUCGGCUCUGUCUGUGUGAAGGUAUGAGCUGCUUUUCUUAAUUUUAUAAUAAACUGAGUAUCUUCUUUGCA